AUGGCGUUCCCGCGCGCGCGCACUGCGGCCGGACCGUACCACCCUGAGGGGAACGCGCGGGGGGGGAGGAAGGGAGAACCAAAGCAGGGGCGGGAACGGGCGAGUCCAUUGCGAGGCGAACCCGGGGGAGGCGUCGGGGAGGCCCCGGGGCCGCUGGUUGGAGAUGCUGCGGCGCCUUUUGGGGGGGGGUCUGCGGGGGGGGGGAGGGGCCCCCCACAAUCCCCCGCCCGCGGCGCCGGCGACCAAACCCCCCCGGACCUGGCCCGGGAGCGCUGCAAGGCCGUCACCUCCUUCUACCACCAGCCCGCCAUCGACGCCGCCGCCGAGAGGCCCUCGGUGCGCCUGACCCCCACCACCAUGCUCUACUCGGGGCGCUCGCAGGACGGCAGCCACAUCCUGAAAAGUGCCCGGUACCUGCAGCAGGAGCUGCCCGUGCGCAUCGCCCACCGCAUCCAGGGCUUCCGGAACCUUCCCUUCAUCAUCGGCUGCAACCCCACCAUCCUGCACGUGCACGAGCUCUACAUCCGCGCCUUCCAGAAACUCAGCGACUUCCCCCCGAUCCAGGUGCGCAGUGACGAGUCCCAGUACUGCGCGUUGCUGCGGCAGCUGCUCGAGGACCACAAGGACGUGGUGACGCUGCUGGCCGAGGGGCUGAGGGAGUGCCGCAGGCACAUCCAGGACGAGCGGCUGCUGCGGCCGUUCCUGGACAAGACGCUGACGUCGCGCCUGGGCAUGCGGAUGCUGGCGGCGCAUCACCUGGCGCUGCACGAGGACAAGCCGGAUUUCGUCGGCAUCAUCUGCACCCGCCUGUCCCCCAAGAAACUCAUCGAGAAGUGGGUGGACUUCGCCAGGCGCCUGUGCGAGCACCAGUACGGGAACGCGCCGCGCGUGCGCAUCAACGGCCACGUGGCCGCGCGCUUCCCCUUCAUCCCCCUGCCCCUGGACUACGUCCUGCCCGAGCUGCUCAAGAACGCCAUGAGGGCCACCAUGGAGUCGCACCUGGACACGCCCUACAACGUCCCCGACAUCGUGGUGACCAUCGCCAACAACGACAUCGACCUCGUCAUCCGGAUCUCGGACCGCGGCGGUGGCAUCCCGCACGAGCUGCUGGACAAGGUGACCGAGUACCACUUCAGCACGGCCGAGGCCAGCGCGCAGGACCCGCGCCUGGGGGGGCCCUUCCGCGGCCUGAUGGACGCCAGCGGCCAGCCCGGGCCCAUGCACGGGUUCGGCUUCGGGCUGCCGACGUCGCGCGCCUACGCCGAGUACCUGGGGGGGUCCCUGGUGCUGCAGUCGCUGCAGGGCGUCGGCACCGACGUCUACCUGAGGCUGCGGCACAUCGACGGCAAGGCCGAGAGCUUCCGCAUCUAGGGGGGCUUCGGGGGGCCCGGAGACCCCCCCCGAGGUGGACAGUGGUCAUCGGGGUCGCGGCGAGCCCCGAACGUUGGGUUUCGGUCACGAGAACCGUGGAGAACCUUCCAAAGUUGGACUUUUGGGUCGUGGAACCCUUAAAAGUUGGGGUUUUGGUCAUUAAAAUCGUGGAGAACCUUCCCAAGUUGGGUUUUGGUCAUCAAGGUCAAAGAGAACCUUCCAAAGUUGGGUUUUGGUCAUUAAAGUCAUGGAAAAUUCUUAAAAGUUGGGUUUUGGACAUACAAAGCAUGGAGAACCUUCCCAAGUUGGACUUUUGGGUCAUGGAACCCCUAAAAGUUGGGGAUUUAGUCAUUAAAAUCGUGGAGAACCUUCCCAAGUUGGACUUUGAGGUCAUUAAAAUCAUGGAGAACCUUCCAAAGUUGGGUUUUGGUCAUUAAAGUUGUGGAAAACUCUUAAAAGUUGGGUUUUGGUCAUUAAAAUUGUGGAGAACCUUCCCAAGUUGGGUUUUGGUCAUCCAGGUCAAAGAGAACCUUCCAAAGUUGGACUUUUGGGUCGUGGAACCCUUAAAAGUUGGGGAUUUAGUCAUUAAAAUCGUGGAGAACCAUCCCAAGUUGGACUUUCAGGUCAUUAAAGUCAUGGAGAACCUUCCCAAGUUGGGUUUUGGUCAUCAAGGUCAAAGAGAACCUUCCAAAGUUGGGUUUUGGUCAUUAAAGUCAUGGAAAACUCUUAAAAGUUGGGUUUUGGACAUACAAACCGUGGAGAACCUUCCCAAGUUGGACUUUUGGGUCGUGGAACCCCUAAAAGUUGGGGAUUUAGUCAUUAAAAUCGUGGAGAACCUUCCCAAGUUGGACUUUGAGGUCAUUAAAAUCAUGGAGAACCUUCCAAAGUUGGGUUUUGGUCAUUAAACUCAUGGAAAACUCUUAA